UGAAUACAACGGUGCUUAAUUUGUACAGAACGAUUACCAUUCUCGUGUAGGCAUAAGAAUCUUUGCUAUUUUUUUUUUUUUGUUAAUAGUAGAUAUCAGCAAUAUAUGAGAAUCAUAAUGAUGCUUUAAGACGAUUAAAGCGGACAUCAGUUGGCCAAACACGCUAUUUUGUGUAGGCAGCUCACUAGAUUUUGAGAUAAGGCAUUUAGUGCCUACCGAUUUAUCAUCAGAUUCUUUACUCGUUUUUUGUUGGAAUGUGAUGGGAAAUACUUGAGUAUUUUGCUAUUUAUACUGCGCAACAUCGACGGAUCAACCGGAUUUUAAAAGCCGUGGGCGUUUGGGGAACUGGAUGUUUGAAAAUCGCUUCCCCACAUCAAUAGAUUAAACGUCCCCAAAGGUUUCAGAUCCAUAUCUGACACCACAUCUCUUAAAUAUUGAAUGGCUUCUGUUCUAUUAAAAAUUUAUGUUUUCAAUUUAAGUUUUCAAAGCGGAGUCGGAGUGUCCGCGCUGAGGAAGGACGAGAGGAGGUCCAGUCAGACUCUACCUGCCGAUCAAGCGCGCGCGUUCUCCUCCUCAGGUGCGCGAGCGGGUCAGACUCAAACGGACCGAUGAUGUUCGCUCUGCCCAAAUUCUAAGGAAAGACACAUUUCUGCGCCAGUUUGGUGGGUGAUAUUACACGUGUGACGCCAGAGACGAGUGAGACCCCGAUUUUGGAGUCAUUUGAAGACUUAUCCCAAACUCCCGAGGAGCUGCAAUGGCAUCGAUCGGGGAGUUUGAUCCGUUAAACAGCAGUGUACCUGCCACCAAAAUAGAAAUCACCGUCUCGUGCAGGAGUUUGCUGGAUGUCGACACAUUCUCAAGGUCAGCACCAGUGGUUGUGUUGUAUGUUCAAGGAAUUGGUACCAAAGAGUGGAGAGAGAGGUUCGAUGUGGGCUAUUCAGCGCCUGAAGUGGCCCACCAUUACCGCCAGUGCAAUCGAAUUGUUCCACAGAAAGCUCUUAGCAGCAAAAAGCGCUCCAGCAACUCUGUGGAAAGCACACAAAAAUGGAGUCGUCUUAUUUGUCCUGAUUUUGAGUGGGCUCGCAGAUUUAAAAGCAUUUAUCUAUCUUUUCUCAGGGGCAUUCCAGGGAAGAAAUGCGGGAACAUUAUCUUCACGGCUGAGGAACUCAGCAAUUGCAGGGACAUUGCAACCAUGCAACUCUGUGCUAACAAGUUGGAUAAAAAGGAUUUCUUCGGGAAGUCCGACCCCUUCCUGGUGUUUUACCGCAGCAAUGAAGAUGGCACGUUCACUAUCUGUCACAAAACAGAGGUGGUAAAGAAUACUUUGAACCCUGUGUGGCAGCCCUUCACCAUCCCAGUGCGAGCGCUCUGUAAUGGAGACUAUGACAGAACAGUGAAGAUUGAUGUUUAUGACUGGGACAGAGAUGGAAGUCAUGACUUCAUCGGCGAGUUUACAACCAGUUAUAGAGAGCUGUCUCGUGGACAGAGCCAAUUCAAUGUUUAUGAGGUUCUGAAUCCUAAGAAGAAAGGCCGGAAAAAGAAAUACGUCAACUCUGGCACGGUAACACUUUUGUCCUUCAAAGUGGAAUCGGAGUACACAUUUGUGGACUUCAUUCGGGGCGGAACACAGCUGAACUUCACCGUAGCAAUAGACUUCACCGCCUCUAAUGGAAACCCAUCACAGCCGACAUCGCUCCACUACAUGAACCCGUAUCAGCUGAACGCGUACGCCAUGGCCCUUAAAGCCGUAGGGGAAAUCGUCCAGGAUUAUGACAGUGACAAACUCUUCCCUGCCUAUGGCUUUGGAGCUAAACUCCCUCCUGAUGGCAAGAUCUCUCAUGCUUUUCCCCUGAACUCGGACUGUGAGAAUGCAAACUGCGUCGGCAUCGAAGGCGUGCUGGAGGCGUACUAUGACUGUCUUCGUAAAGUGCAGCUCUACGGCCCCACCAACUUUGCCCCUGUCAUCAACCAGGUGGCACAGUGCGCAUCAGAGGUGACAGAUGGCUCUCAGUACUUUGUGUUGCUGAUCAUCACAGACGGUGUCAUUUCCGACAUGGUGCAGACUAGAGAAGCCGUGGUCACCGCGGCGUCCCUGCCCAUGUCAAUCAUAAUCGUGGGAGUCGGCCCUGCUGAAUUUGAUGCUAUGGAGGAGUUGGAUGGAGAUGAGGUUAGGGUGUCCUCCAGGGGACGUGUUGCUGAGAGAGACAUUGUCCAGUUUGUGCCGUUCCGCGACUACGUCGACCGAUCCGGGAACCAGGUCCUCAGCAUGGCCCGACUGGCUAAAGAUGUCCUGGCCGAGAUCCCCGACCAGCUGCUGUCGUUCAUGAAGAGCAGAGGCGUUGAACCCAGACCAGCCCUCUCCCCCUCUCCUACGCCACAGAUUAACGUCCACCUCUGAUCCCAGAGCAGUUUUUUAUCCUCUCCCCCCAAACACAGCUCUAUCUUCACGUCUGAACCCCCCCGGGUCCGUUACUGGGGAUGCACAUUUUUACUUUCCACAUAGGUUAGCAGUAGCACAUUAUGUAGUUACAAUAAUAAUCAACUGAAAUCAGGAACACGUUAAUGUAAGUGUGUGCUGUGAUACUUUAUAAUCAGCCAGUGAUCAUUCAAAGCAGUUCUUGCUCGCCUGGAAUGGAAGAUGUGUACGAAAAAAGAGGGCGAAUUUCCUAAAAAGAAAUGUCUGGGUCUCGUCUCACCCAAAAAUCGAAAUAUGAGAAAAUAUACAUCAAAUUUGACAUAAAAUACAAUUCAUAUAAAUUACAUUGCAUUGAGACAUUAUUUUCUCAUUCCUAAAUCUUGUCACCAUAAAAAGAGUCUCUGUGCACUCUCUCACACUCGUGGUUGGCAGGCUGUGCUGUACGCCGUAAAACACGCACGCACAGGGCACCUUUAACGUCGCACGUCAUCUUUGUAUUUCACGUAGAUUCUCGGGCCAAUAUAUAUAUUUCAUUUUCUCACUGGCUGAACUAGUUGCGCCGGCACACUUUUGAGUGUGUAAAUAUUUUCUAAUUUGCGCCCGAUUAUGAAAGAAGCUAAUAAGCAGAAAAACGGAUGCCUGUGCGGGAACACCGGCGCACUCCGAGUCUUCCGCACAUCUCGAGUGGAUGUAGCUAAUUACCUGGAGAAACUGAGGUGCCAAUCAGUGCAAUUCAACCAGAGAGAGGAAGAUUGAGGGAAGAAAUAUCCAGAGUGUAAUCAGCAGAGGUUAAUGGGCACAGGAAGUGUGCAGACGGAUGGCGUGACAAAGAUAAAUCAGGUGAUCAGCAGAACGACAGAAAGAGAUAGGGAUUUCUUUUUAUGAAGCUGCUGGGACAAAGGUGGAUUUUACAGGUAAAUCUCAUGGAGAAAUGCCUGGGUCAUAUUUUACCCCAAAUCGACCAUUUAAAGCACUGUUACAUUAUUUUUUAUGACAAAAUUGCCCAGAACCCAAUUAUUAUUAUUUUUUUUUGGGGAGUAAUGAAUGCUACCAUUACCGAUACUUACUAUUGCACUUUAAAAAUACUUUGCAAUUUAAAUUAUGGAUGCACUAUACUAUAUAUCAGUUAUUGGUUUACCUUUAUUGUUUUUAAUGCUCACCUAAAGUUAUAUUUUUAAAAAAAACAUUAUAUAAAUAAUCUCUAAAAAUAUUUUUUUUUCCAUAAUGUAGGCUACUUUAUAAUUGUUUACAAUGUUUUGAUGCCUAAAAUGACUUGUAGUAUCUAUAAUAAAAUAUAUAUUAACUAUCUAAUAUAAUGUUUUAUUUUAGUUUUUUUAAAAUUUAGAAGUUUAAUAUCAGCCAUUUAUCAGUUUUCAACCAUAACAAGAAAAUUAAUAAGUUUUAAUUGUAUAUUGAUAUUAAUAUCAUGCCUAAUAAUUUCAGUAGUUCAUUUUUCUUUGCCGUAUUGAUAAUGAAAUAAAGAUGCUCCCAACUGUCAUGAAAAUAUUGUCUCAAUUCAAUAUAAAAUGCAAUUUUCAUAGAAAUAGGCUUUUCCCCCUUUCUUUUGAAUUUGGAGUAGAUGCAUGACCCGGAUGUUUCUUGACAUUUUUCGUGAGGUUCACCCUUUGCAUACACUGCCGUGUUUUCAAAAUGCUUUCAAAAAAUGAUUGUAGACUCAUUGAAUGUUUGGCAAGUUUGGCGCAUUCCAGAGGAUUCUUUCAUUUUUCCAUCCUUUCAUUCUGCUGUACAUAAUGAAUAGUGCAGUAACGUUCGACAUCAAUUCAUGUUUGUAUAACCUCCAUGAUCCUUGUUGCUGUGAUCAAAACAUUGCUCAGAUACUUUAACGUUGAAUACCGUUUUCUCCAUAUUUAUAUAUACAGUAAUCUAUCGGAAAUGUUCUAACUGUUACUAAACUGUAGAUUUGAAUGAUAUUUGUUUCAUAGUAAAGACAGCUAUAGUAAACACAGCUGCUUGUGCCAAAGUGCAACCAUGUAAAACAUUCCUGCCAAGAUUGUAUAUCGACAUGUGUGAGGCAAAGAUGUUUGUUUUAUAUCUCUUUGUUGUGUUUUUAAUAAAGCAUGAAUGUCCUGUGAUGA